AUGUCUCCCCGGGACAUUGGCAUGCCCGCUCACAUAGAGUUUGGACGGUUCGGUCGGGAUCUACCACGCAUCGGGGUGGGGCCUCUGCUGUUGAACUCGCCGAAUUACCUUGAUGCGAUAGAAGGAAUAUGCUCACGCUUGUCGGAUGCUCAGUCGCUGUCUAAAUCAUCCUGGGACUGUUAA